CGGGCCAAGCACGCGGGGGCUAUACUACCGUCUCUUAAUCCCGCUACCUCAGGAAGCCACCAACAUGAGCCACAGCAAUCUCCAGCCUGAUUGGAGUUUCGGCGCUGAUUUGCCGCGAGAGAUCGUGUUGAUAGUGCCCAUGCCUGCGGAGCUUUUCUUCCAUCUGCUUUAUGAAAGAUCGUUGCUGUUAGGCUUCAUGCAAUCGCCUAUCCCCAUGACAUGACUCUUACCGGCCUUCCAGCUGGCGAUCAUUGAGAACAUGGAUGCCUGCUGCACACCGUGACUAGAUGAUUGAAGUAUUAUACGAAGAUGCCGAUAUGAGGCGAACUCCUACGGCGACUUCGACAGUAUAUAUAGCGUGAAAGCGGGUAUUUGGGCGUCCUGCAGAAUGCUUCAUGGACGCGGUCCAGUUCUCCGCAUAUUGGCUUGGCCUGGCUUCCUAGUAUAUAUUCGCAUGCUGCACUACAGCCUCACUGGAUCUGACAAUGUCGAACUUGCGACAGCCAUCGGUGCUUUUCCUCAUCCUCUUCCUCACUCUCUCAACAUGUGUCGCAGCCGAACCGCAACGCUUCAGCUCCUGGUGGCCGAGGUACCGGAGCGCAAUCAACACGAUCAAAACCACGAAUUGCUCCGCGCAAUACGACGCAUACUUGACCGGAGACCAACCGGUCGGAAACCUGACUGCGAAUGACCCCGAGCUGGCGAUCUGGCAUGUCGACAGUGUAGUGACCCCGUUGACCAACUGCCUGCUGCGGGCCACGCCAGAGCUCUACAAAUCCAUGAUGGCCAGCGCACAGGUGGUGCUGGGACUGAUGCCCACGCUGCUGGCCAGCAUCAGCCCCAGCGCCCACGAGACGGCCAUGCUCUUCGUCUUCGGCGACCGGCAGCUCCUCUCCUUCCUCCUCAUGGUCGCCUCGCCCGCCAGCGCGGUCGACGCCUCCGGGAACCUCUACCAGUACGUCCAGGACCUGAAAGGCUCCCACGAGUGGCUCUCUGCCGACCCCUCUUCCCUGUUGUUGCACCGCAACCUCGCUAUCGUGGUGCUUGAGUUCCUCCUCGCUGCGGUGGCUGCAGGAAAUGUGCUGGCCCUCGUCUACGAGAUCUGCAUGCGCGUUGUCUUCUCCUUCGCCCAGCAGUUACAGUGGAUGCCCGGUCUCUGGGUCGCCGUGGGCGUGGCCACCCACCUCUUCAUGACCGUCGCGCUCCGCACGCGUGUGCACAUUCGCGACUGUCGGACGAGCAAUGUCAGUCUUUCUACUCGGAUACUUCGGUGGAUGCGAGCGCAGUUCACCGCGUCGGAUGGUAGCAGCGAGACGACCGAAGUCCAGCUGCGGGAUCGCACGGUGGCCAAUGUGCUGAUUUCCUGGUUGACGGGGCUACUCGCCGCGGCCAACACGCUUCUGGGGAUUCUACAGUUCUCGAGCCUGCUCUUCAUCUCCCCGAAUGACGCUCUCUUUAUCGUGGUGCGGUUCGUGGCCUCGGCGGUGGUGUGCAGGAUCCUGGUCAAGUAUGAGUUGUGGCUUGUGCGACAACAGGUGAAAGUGGGUGGUGGUGAACAGGCGAAAGGGGAUGCUUCGAUGGGCUAAUAAUUCCUAUCUUGGUGUAUCGUACCAUAUCUCGGGUCUCUCCC